AUGACUCUCAGCACCUUCUUCAUGUGGACGCUGGCCUGCUGCUGGUUGACAGGUUUGUCCUCACAGAAACAUUCAAUCAUCUUGUGUUGACUUAUUUAAUUCUGCUGCAGAAUUAAUGAUGAAUUUUCUGUCUGCAGGAUGCAGAGGUCAGGUGACUGUGACUCAGCCUGCAGUGGAGACUGUUACUCCAGGAUCCACGGUCACUCUCACCUGUAAAACUAACCCAAAGGUUCAUACUUGGACAGGUGGAAAUAGUAAUGUGCACUGGUAUCAGCAGAAACCUGGACAGGCUCCCAAACUCCUUAUAUAUAAUGGUAUUCACAAACCCUCUGGUCAUGGAGUUCCAGAUCGGUUCACAGGACGAGGAGACGGAGUGAACGCUGCUUUGACCAUCAGUGGGGCUCAGGCUGAAGAUGCUUCAGUUUAUUACUGUCAGAGUUACCAUUACAUAAACAGUGCUGCGGUGUUCACACAGUGAUUUAUGCUCAUACAAAAACCUCUCUCAGUCAGGCUGCAGAGACUCUGAACAGGAACUGACAGCAGCUGCUGAAGAGGAACUCUGACACAGACCACUGAACCCAGAGCUCACAGAACAUCAGUAAACAUACAGACUCAGAUUUACAGUCUUGAUAAUCACAAACCACUGAAUUAAUUCACUAAACAGAAACAUAUGAACUCAUUCAACAUCAUAUUUAUACAUAUAUAGUAUCUGAUUCUGCUUUAGAUGAUAAAUUUCAACAUAUUUUCUUGUUGCACCAUCCCUUUUGACAAGGAAAUGACUUGAAUCAGUUUCAGCUCUCAAGGCCCAUUAUUAACCACCAACAAACUUCAGACAGCCACCUCACUUUAGUUCUGGAUUAAAUCAUAUGAGACAUCCCUCUUUCUGUUAAAAUCCAACUUUUAAACCUCUUUUACGUGCAGUUGAACUGUAAGGAACAUUACACAUCAUGCACAGGAGCUCCAAACUUUAAAGUCAGGAUAGAAUAAAAAAGAAAAGCCAUUCGCACAAGUUCAAGACAUUACAGGUAGAUUUUCUUUUAAGUUUUUCUUCUUAAUGUGGAAAAUGAAACUAAGACUAAAGUUGAAUCUGUAUUGGACCUCUCUUCAGUUUCCAGUGAGUCCAGUGUUGAUCAGUCUGCCAGCAGGGGGAGCUGUAGAGCUUUAGAUGAUUAUAGAGGUGAGGAAAGAUCAAGUUAUAUGUGGAUUGUUCUUAAUUAUAAAUAAGAAUUACAUAAAAUCAUGAGCUGAUUUUAUUGGUUGAACUUUGAAUGACAAAAUGAGCCUCAUGAUGGUGAAGUAUCGCUCCACCACACCUCUGCUGUUCCUGUUUCACAUCAGCAGGUGUGUGUUUGAAUGUGUUUUGCAUGAACUUUAUGUCCCGCUGCUCUUCAGACUUUAAGUUCCUCUGUCACAGCGAGUCUGAUCUGUUUCCAUGAGCUCUGUCUGAAAACUAAACCAGGAUGGUGCUGACAGUAACUCUGCUGGUCCUGUUGGGUUUUCUGAGUCAGGGUGAGAGAUUCAACAAUGAAUAACAUUAUAAUAGAAUUAAUUAUAUGACUGUUCUUUUUAUGUUUGUGUGCAUUUUUUUCUCUUUUUAUGUCUUCUGUCAGCGUUUUUAAUCUUCAUUUUCUCACAGUUUGAUUUUCUAUGUCUCAUUUCAGAGUCUUCUGCAAACAACUUUCUGACUCAGGCUGACAAAUUCAAGUCUGUACGUCUUGGUGAGACUGUGACAAUCAGCGCAACAGGGAGUUCAGAUAUUGAUGAUGAUCUCAGCUGGUACAUUCAGAAACCUGGACAGGCUCCCAAACUCCUUAUAUAUGAUGCAUCAACCCUCUCCUCAGGAACCCCAUCUAGAUUCAGUGGCAGUAGAUCUGGUUCUCACUACACUCUGACCAUUCAAGGUCUUCAGGCUGAAGAUGUUGGAGAUUAUUACUGUCUUGGUGCCCAUAGUGAUGGAGAGUCCACACAGUGAUUUAGAGCCGUACAAAAACCUCCUCCAGUUCAGCUGAAGUGAAACCAUCCUGCUGCAGGUGCAGAGGGUUGGUGUGGUGUAAAGAGAGGCCAUGGUCCAGUGAACAAGAGAGUCAUCAAGCAGAAACACAGACGCUCAGAAUAAAACGGAAAGAAACUCACAGAUGCUCCUUUAUUUGAACAUUUGAUAACAGUUUUUAUAAACUCAGUAAUUCCCUUUGGUAUCAGGUUUAUUAUAACACCAGGAAAGAUAGUCUUAUGAAGAAGUGAAAGAAUUUAAAAGUCAUAAUAUGAAUGAAAAGACACAGACUCAUCAUCAUCUGAUCUUUGCUUUAAUGUUGAUUUCAAGUUCAUGCUACAUCAUUAAGGAAUAGAAACUUUCUCUUGGACUGAUUUCAAAUGUAUUUAGUUUUAUUUGAAGAGUAAAAGCAGAAAAAUGAACAUGCAGAAGUUAAAGCAGAGGAGAUCUGUCAUCAUUUCCAGACUGAAAAUGUUGCUGAAGCUCUACUCUGAGCAGAGCUGAGGGUCCAGACUUUGAGUGACAGGGCUCUGUCCACUCAGACUGGCCUCACAGCUCACUGAGCCCGCCUUCCUCCACUCCUCUGCAGACAGGCUCAGGGUGCUGCUCCAGCUGUAGCGGCCGUCCUCCUGCAGGACCUCCAGGCUGUUGGACACCCCUGAGGAGCUGCUGCGGCUCCCCACCUUCCAGCCCAGACUCCAGGAUGGGGGGAAGCCCCCACUGGCCAGACACACCAGUGUGGCCGUGCCCUUCUGCAGCUCCUUUGAGGAGGGGGGGAGGACGGUCAGGGAGGGCUGUGUUACUCCCACUGGAGGGGGGAGAAAAGAAACCGAGAUACUGGUUAUUUUUGAUUCUUAAUCAGAUAUUCUUUAUAAGAAUCUUAUAUACAGUCUAUGGUUUGUCCUCAUAGAAACAUUCAAUCAUCUUGUGUUGACUUAUUAAAUUCUGCUGCAGAAUUAAUGAUGAAUUUUCUGUCUGCAGGAUGCAGAGGUCAGGUGACUGUGACUCAGCCUUCAGUGGAGACUUUCACUCCAGGAUCCACGGUCACUCUCACCUGUAAAACUAACCCAGAAGUAGCUGUUGACGAAGAUGAUGGAGAUAGUUUUGUGUUCUGGUAUCAGCAGAAACCUGGACAGGCUCCCAAAUUAGUCAUCAAACUGGGUCAAAAUCCUACAAGUGAGUUUUCUUCAAGAUUCUCAGGCAGAGGAGACGAAGUGAACGCUGCUUUGACCAUCAGUGGGGCUCAGGCUGAAGAUGCCGCAGUUUAUUACUGUAAGAGUUUACAUGAAAUAAACAGUGCUGCGGUGUUCACACAGUGA